AUGGCCUGCCUGCACGAUCACAGCUGCGAGGAUCACGACUGCGCCGCCGACUGGUCGCUCUACAACCACAUCGACGUCCCCAAGGUGGUGGCUCUGAACGAAUCUGUGCCCGGGAGCGUCAAGUCCGUCUUCAAGCCCUGGGAGCAACGCCUUGACACCUCGGGGGGUUUUCUGGAGAGUAAUGAGGGUGACCCUGAGCUACUUAUUUUCAUCCCGUUCACAUCAGAUGUUAAGAUCAAGAGCAUUUCUGUUGUUGGUGGUGCUGAUGGAACAAGCCCGUCAAAAAUGAGAGCGUUUAUCAAUAGAGAAGGCAUUGACUUUUCAGAUGCUCAAAACAUGCAGCCUGUGCAGGAAUGGGAAUUAGCGGAGAACCUGCAAGGAGCUCUUGAGUACCAAACAAGAUAUUCAAGGUUCCAAGGUGUGGCUAACCUAACUCUGCAUUUCUCUGACAACUUUGGUGGUGAUACAACUAAGAUUUAUUACAUUGGACUACGUGGUGAAGCCACUCAAAACAAAAGGGAUGUAGUUGCGACAAUUGUAUAUGAAGUCAUGCCCAAUCCUUCGGAUCACAAGUAG